CAGCAAUCUGGAACUAAUUCAACCUUUACAAUACUACUCUUCGGUCUCACUCGCUUCGCACAGAUUUCAUGGCAGAUUCGGAAACUCAGCCCGGUAAUGUCCCGGGUGGAGAGGUUCCUAUGGCUGGCACGACUCCAGGUGCACCAAUUCCCAUCCCACCGGUAGAAGGGCCUGUUACAGGCGUUGCAACCCCUACAUCAUUAACUGGCGGCGUGCGCAUGCACCCUACCGAUAAAGAAGAGUGGCUAAACAGUAUUUAUGUCACCGACGAUUUCCCCGGUAGUAUGACAGUCGGCGAAUUCAGUAAAGUCAAAGAAUUCAGAUCAGCAGCAGAUUCAUUCUGGCAGGAUGCUCACAUUCAGUGGGCACUGGAAAUUAUAAGACGAAGACACGCGGCACUUGGGGACGUCUUGAUUGUAUCAUCCAUUGAAGCUUCCCAGUUGUGGGCAGCAGGCGACCAUCCAGAGGACAUAUCAACACCUGCUGCGAGACAGGAUCACGAAACUCAGUGGGGACCUAUGAUCGAGCGACUGAGAAGCAGCCCUUUCAUUAUCUUACCUGUCAAUGACGGGUACAAUAAAUGGGCAGCUCCUGAAGACGAAGCUACCGCAGGAGUACCUAGAAAAGACCUUCCUCAAAACCAGGCGGGCUACAAAGCGCGUCUAGGUAAUGGCUGUCAUUGGUCUUUCAUUGUCAUUGACAGAAGAGAUGAAGCGAACCCAGCUGCCCAUUAUGUGGAUGGCAUGGUUAACCCACAAAAGAGAAAGAACGGCACCUGGAAGAUUGAAGGUAUCGACCUUAAUGGAGUAAUAGCUGGUAAAGUGCUCUGUGGAUUCGACAACUUACUUGGACUAGAGAAAAGCAAGUUCGUAGCAGGGACACUGAAGUUUGUGCCUCACAUGUUCAGAACCAAUGCCAACAAAGAAGACUACGGACCAUGUGGACCCCAUAUGUACGCUUUCUUGGACCACAUAUUACUCAAUAAGACCACCCUGAUCGACCCUGGCAUGCCAACGACCUUCAACGAGAAUGACCGAGCGGCCCGUGCGACUGCGCUGGGCUUUGACUCUGCUGCAAUACGAGCCAAGUUCGCAGACGAGCUGAUGCAGGAGCGGAGACAACGAGAAAUUCUAAAUCCAAACUUCUCUGUAGAUAAUCUGACGCCUGAUGUGUUGCGCAGUCUUAUGACAGUCGACGGUCUCAUUGAUUUGGUUCAACGUUCAUCGCGACCCGAAUCCGUUGACCAGAUAGACGACGAAGAUGAUGACGGGCAGUGGGGAGAUCCCCCUGUAGACAAGUCGACCCUCAGAGAGGUAAUUGCAAACGACCCUGAAGUUUACGCAGACAUUCUUGAUCGUGAGCAGCGCUACCAACUCGCUCAUGAAACUCUGGUCACAAGACAGCGCCUGGAGGACGAACGUCGCAGGCAGGAAGAAGAACAACGUCUCAAGUCUGCAAAUGUAACCGACCUCCAUCUUGGUAUGCACGUUUACCGCAACGUUCCACUUGAUGACACUUCUAUCUGGCCAGCGGUGGAGACAAGUAAAAGUAGUUAUCCGGCAGGCCGCAAGAACCUCCCUGACUUCACCAAGACCGAUCCUCCACAAACAACACUUUGGCUGAACAAGUCGACGGAAAUCGACAUUGACAGAAAACAAAAGGGUUGGCGAAUCAGAGCUUCCGCCAUGCUGCACUUGAAGUUCUACAAGUCGUUCCUAGGAGAGACGGACGCGAAGCUCACAAACUUCUGGGCAAACGACGUGACAGUUUUCGAUCCUAGCAACGAGACGGUCAUCAAGAUGAAAGAAAUCAAAGAUGCCAGGGUUCGAUGCGGAAUGAUGAGAUUAAUGAUGAUGGAACACUAUCAGGGAAAAGCAGCAGUAAAAGCUCUUCUGAAAACUCUCAAAAAGUACAGGGUAAAGGCUUCUGGUGCAAAGAAACCAACUAAGCCAAAGAACCCCAGUCCAAAGGGUGAUGAUGAAAGCUCUGGCGAUGAGAGUGGCGACGGCGAUGACGGUAAAGGCGGCGAAAAACAGAAAGAUUCUACAGGUCAGUCCAACAACACCAAUGCGGGUCAAGGCCAGGAGGGUCCCCAGAAUCGGACUACGCAGAACAACAACAGCAGCAGCAAUGCUGGUCAAACCACUGACAACCGCCAUGGAAUCAACAAUAAUUCCACUAACAGCAUCGCCAACCCCAGCUCUGGAGCUGGAUCGAAGGCUGUGACCCCCGGCCCUGGACUGAAAGGGCUACUGGACUUCCGCACAAUGUCACCAACUGAUCUUCAGGCGCAUAUGACCACUGAGAUGAGGACAGAUCCUCGUAUCAUGGGUUUCGAGCGCGACGGCGUACGAGUAGAACCAAGCAUCGUCUCAAUGCGCGCGCUAUGCUUGGUCCAAUUGGCUGGGGCAAGCUUCAGCGAUGAGACCUACGCCAACUGCACGAAUCUAUGGCUCCUGGAUCCCCUUGUGUUUACCAACGAAGAGCGAGAACGAUCCUGGGAAGACUCGGAAAUGCUCACCAUCGUCUCGAGAAUGAACGAGCACUACGGUGUUCGGGCAUUGCCGACUGGUCCACCGACAGAUGAUCCCGGAUACAGCAAUGGCUUCUCAGAUUCAGAAGAGGAAAUAGAGGAGGGAACCAUUACAGACAAUCCUACCACGUCUGGUACCAAGCGCAAGAACCCCGAAGCCCUCACUGGCCCCGCCAAGAAAGUGAAGCUUGAUGACCGGAACUUCCUCAAAAUGGCAGUCGAAGACCUCGCUCUUUGGAUCAAGAAAAUGCCUCUCAUUUUCCGCAACCGUUUGCCUACAGUGCUAAACACACUCCACGAACGCCACGCGCGUAUCUGGCUCGAACGCAUGUACGGCGAGGGGUUCGAGUACAUGCGUAACGAAGAGCCGCUAUCUGAGGCGAGUAUAAGGAAGCUAAGACAGUGGGGAUUCGCGUCGCCUGCUGGUAGUCUCCUCACGAAAACCGACGAUGGGAGGAGAAAUCUCUUGCGCAGUUUGUUGACGAAUCCGUUGAUCCAAGGAAGAUUGGUGCCGAUCCCAGAUCGCAGAGAGGAACUGCGCCAAGAGAUGGAGGGCGGAGAAGGUGCCAACCCCGGAGGCCAGCCAGAAACCGGCAGUGGCAGCAGCACAAAUGCCAACAGCCCCUCCAACCCUAACUCCGGCGCUUCUAACCCACCUGGAUCAGAGAACGGGUCCGAUUCUGAGGAUGGUCAUGGUGGAUCAGCAGGUGGGACCAAGCGCGCCCGUGAUCCGGACGACACCACGGGAAACAAGUCGAAAAAGCCGAAGACCCUCCAUCUAGCCACUCCGGUUGGUGUAACAGUAGAAUCUCUCACUCAGCUCGGUGCACCAAGACACUCUCCCCCUCCGAACCCUAACAAACCUGACGAGACGUCAGACCCUGCGAACCCUGAAGUGCCUGGCAAUUCGUCAGACCCUAAGAAGGAGAAGGAUGACGAUGUCAACAACUCGUUCGGAACGGACGAUACAGAGGCAAUCGCCGUACGAGAAGUGCACAUCGGUGAGCGCACAUAUGUCAUCAGCGAAGAAGACAACAACGUCUUCCUUCCCUGGGAUACAACCGGCACCUCCUGGCCCUCCGGGAUCACGAAUCUUCCUGACUUCACUACCAUCUCCGCCGACGAGAUCGAGCUAUGGCUUACCGCAAACCCGGAGAUCCGCGACAAUCUGGCCACAAACAACGAGCCCGCCUCGCUUGAAGCCUUCCGUGCAGCGCUGCACAUGAAGUUCAAACGCACCUUCAUGCACGAGCCCGACGAGGUGUUCACCACAGUAUGGCUCCGCGACAACACCGUAUUCAACGCCGAGGCCAUGCAUGAGAUGUCCGAGCUCGGAGACGCAACGGCGCGCAACGGCGCGAUCCGCGAGCGCAUGAUGCGUGCGUACGAGCCGGAGCUGCUGCGCAAGCUCGAGACGUCUGAGAUCUACAGACCCGAGUCGCCGCGUGCACCGAGUGUGGAAAUUGAAAUCAUCAAUGCGUCGACGUCGACAGUCGUGCCAGAUGUUCCCGAGAAGGAUCGUACGAAGCUUGGUCCGAUGACUCAGAGGGAGGCGCAAGCUGCUUGGCGCCUGGAGAAUAGGGAGCAGAAAGCGAGGGAGAGGAAGGAAAGGGAGAAGAGGGAGCAGGAGGAGGCGGAGGCAGCGCGGCAGCAGGAGGAGGCAGUGCGGCAGCGCGAGGAAGCAGCAGAGCGAGAAGCGGCGGAGCGAGAAGCAGCAGUGCGAGCGGCGGCGGAACAAGAGGCAGCAGAGCAAGAAGCGGCGAGGCUGAAACAAGCAAAGCUGGAAGAUAACAGGAGGAGGAAGAAGGAACUGGAGGAAGAGAGGAAGAGACAGGUGAGGGAAGGAGAGGUCAGGAGGGGCGGUAGGUCGAAGACGCCCGCUGCAAAGUAUAAGGAGUAAGAGAGGUAGUGUAUGGCUCUAGCGUCUGGCAUUUGUCCGGAGUACUGUGUUCGUAGACUGUACCUUUAUUGUUUGUGUUCGUCUUUGUAGCAUUUAGAACAUGUGG